UCACCUUCGAUACACAUCAAUGGCGACUCCCUCUUUUGCUUACACCUUCCUUUUCAUAUUAUUAUGCCUUGUUUCAGUCAAUCUCUCCACUUCAUCGGAGAAUCAGGAGACCUUUAUCGUCUACAUGUCGAAAUCCAACAAACCCCAUUUUUUCUCCACCCAUCAUGACUGGUAUUCCUCCAUAAUCCGCCGCCUUUCUCCUCUCUCUCAACUCCCAUCUGAGCUCUUGUACACUUAUGGCCACGUUACACACGGCUUCUCCGCUCGCCUGACGCCUUCCCAAGUGUCUGAACUGCGAAACAUCCCCGGCGUUAUCUCCGUCCUGCCGGAUCAAGCCCGCCAGCUUCACACCACGCAUUCCCCUGAGUUUUUAGGCUUAGCUGAAUCGUCUGGCCUCUGGCCGAACUCUGAUUAUGGAGAUGAUGUUAUAGUGGGGGUUCUCGACACUGGAAUUUGGCCGGAGAGGCCUAGCUUCUCCGACAAGGGUCUAUCCCCUGUUCCCGCCAGCUGGAAGGGAAAAUGCGAGAAUAGUACGGAUUUUCCGGAGAGUUUGUGUAAUCGGAAAAUCAUCGGCGCUCGUGCUUUCUACAAAGGCUUCGAAGCUGCUAAGGGAGGUCCGAUGGAUGAAUCGGUAGACUCGAAAUCUCCGAGAGAUACGAAUGGCCAUGGAACGCAUACUGCCUCAACCGCCGCCGGCUCGAUUGUUGCCAACGCGAGCGUUUUCGGAUACGCGCGAGGGGAAGCCAGAGGCGUCGCGAUAAAAGCCAGAAUCGCGGUUUACAAAAUCUGUUGGAGCUCAGGCUGUUUCGAUUCCGAUAUCCUCUCUGCAUUCGAUCAAGCCGUUGAAGAUGGGGUCCACGUGAUUUCGCUUUCCGUUGGCGCCAAUGGCUACGCGCCGCAGUACUUCCGUGACAGCACUGCAAUCGGAGCUUUUGGUGCAAUGCAGCACGGCAUUGUCGUCUCCUGCUCGGCCGGAAAUUCCGGUCCCGGACCAUUCACUGCCGUGAACGUCGCGCCAUGGAUUCUAACGGUCGGUGCUUCCACCAUUGAUCGGACAUUCCCGGCUGACGUGGUAUUAGGGGAUGGCAGGAUCUUCACUGGCAUUUCGUUGUACUCCGGUGACCCGCUCGGCGACUACCAAAUUCCCGUGGUUUACGCCGGCGAUGCCAACAGCAAUUACUGUUACUCCGGAGAACUUAACGCUACUAAAGUCGCCGGAAAAAUCGUGUUCUGCGAGCCCGGAGGCAAUCUCGACGUUGAGAAAGGAUUUGCUGUGAGAGAAGCCGGUGGCGUUGGAAUGAUCGUUGAUGGGAACGUUGGUUGGGGUGAACUGAUCCUUGCAAAUGCACAUGUGAUUCCGGCGGCAAACGUUGAUGAAACGGCCGGAAAAGAAAUCCAUGAAUAUAUAAAGUCGGACCCGUCUCCAACUGCUACAAUUAUAUUCAGGGGAACAGUAAUCGGAUCCUCACCCUCGGCGCCGCGCGUGGCGUCUUUCUCAAGCCGCGGCCCGAAUCUCAUAACGUUUGGAAUUUUAAAACCUGACGUCAUCGCGCCGGGGGUUAACAUCUUAGCGGGUUGGACCGGCGCGAAUAGCCCGUCGGAAUCGGAGAUGGACCAGAGACGGGUAGAAUUUAACAUCAUCUCCGGCACGUCCAUGUCGUGUCCCCACGUCAGCGGCUUGGCUGCCCUGCUUAGAAAAGCUCAUCCAACGUGGAGCCCCGCCGCCAUCAAAUCCGCGCUCAUGACAACUGCUUACACCGUCGACAAUGCCGGAAACAAUUUUAUCGAUCAAGCCAGCGGCGAUAAAUCCAACGCGUAUAUUCACGGAGCCGGCCAUGUUGACCCGAAUAGAGCCAUGGAUCCGGGUCUAAUUUACGAUCUAGGAGUGAAUGAUUACGUGGCAUUCUUAUGUACCAUUGGAUACGACAAAAAUCAAACAUCCCUGUUCGUAAAGGAUCCCUCCAAAGUGAAUUGCAGCGUGCAAAAUCUGGGCACACCCGGGUCUCUAAAUUACCCAGCGUUUUCAGUUGUUUUUUCGGACCAAAACGAGAUAAAAUACAAGAGAUCAGUUAAAAAUGUAGGAAGCGAAAAAUAUGUUGUUUAUGAGGUCAAAGUGAAUGCUCCCUUAGGUGUACAAGUAAGCGUAUCACCAACCAAAUUAGUGUUUGAUGAGAAGGCUGAUACACUAUCGUACGAAAUAACUUUUACCAAUGUUAACUCAGGGGGAUAUGAUAACUCAUAUGGCUCAAUUGCUUGGGAAGAUGGGGUGCACACUGUUAGUAGCCCAAUAGCUGUUCUUUGGCUAAAUGGGACUCGAUCUGCACUUUAAAUGUGUGCAAAAAUGGGCCUAGUAUGACCCAUGUAUUGAAACAAAUCCACUGUACAAAUUAUUGUGGACUAUCUAUUAAUAAAUAAUGAUGGUUGUGCAAAUA